CCAAGGUGAAAAAACAGUUUAAUUAAUCCUAAUCAAGGUGAUAAAACGCCCAAAAUAAUUUAUGCGUGAAUUACCACGUUCCAGUCUUUUGCGUACGUUUAUAUAAGCUUCCGAUGUGUUCAAAAUGUUCUACUUUGCUUUGAUUUGCGAUGUCAAAAUGUACCGGACAGUUCGAGAACUAUUACUGAGUGUUUUAAUUAUUUUAGCUAUUCAUGAAGGCAUUUGUGCUCGAGUGAAAGAAUUUGUUUGUGAAAAAGCAGCAACUUGUAGUUCUCCCAAUGCACAUCAAUUUGUGAUACAAUUUCCGGGUCCUCUCAAUUGCACCAUGGGAAGUAACAUAGUACAAUUCCACGGAAACUUCACCGUCACGGAGACAAUUCAGGAGCCAUUGGAGUUACUAAUCAUUCCGAAUCGAUGCACGAUGGACAUGAAAUCCUGCGAAUUGUUCAACAAACUAACCCUAACGAACAUCUGCCGGUACAUCAACGACGAAUCGGGAAUUCUGGCGCCAUUUUUCAGAAGCAUAGAACCUAACAUACAGUGCCCGAUAAAACCCGGAUUUUACCAAUUCAAAAAGUCGAUCAUCGAUUUAACCUUCUUCCUCAAGUUCCCACUGGAAGGAUAUCGUUGGCAGAGCAGCAUGAAGCUGUACUCGAGAAGCAAACCAAAGAAGGAACUGUACUGCCUGUCAGAGCAAGUUUCAAUGCGUUGGGUGAAAAAGUUGUAAUAAUUCGUGUUAUAAAAAGAGCAAUAUGAAAAUGUAUUUUUCAUAGUUAUUGCCAAAGAAAAGUCGUGGGACUCAAAUUGUUGUAAUGUGACUGAUCCAUUAGUUGUGGGUGUUCUUAUAUUUGCGGUAGAGCCAUUUAUGCUAAUU